GCCGCUGGGCCGGCGCUCUCCCUCUCGCCCGCCCCAGCCCGCCCCCGCGCUGGAUGUUCGCUUUCGCAGCCUUCGGCCAGCGGAACCUGUUUACAGCUACCGGCAGCGGGGCGAAGGGCCUGGCCGGAAGGUUAGCCAUGGAGGCGGCGGCGCGGAGGCGGCACCCGGGAGCGGCGGGCGGCUCCGGCGCGCAGCCGGGCGCCUCCUUCCUGCAGGCCAGGCACAGCUCCGUCAAGGCUGACGAGGCUGCUGGCACGGCUCCCUUCCACCUUGACCUCUGGUUCUACUUCACUCUGCAGAACUGGGUUCUGGACUUUGGCCGCCCCAUAGCCAUGCUGGUGUUCCCUCUCGAGUGGUUUCCGCUCAACAAGCCCAGCGUGGGGGACUACUUCCACAUGGCCUACAACAUCAUCACGCCCUUCCUCCUGCUCAAGCUCAUCGAGCGGUGCCCCCGCACCUUGCCACGCUCCCUGAUCUACGUUAGCAUCAUCACCUUCAUCAUGGGGGCCAGCAUCCACCUGGUGGGCGACUCAGUGAACCACCGCCUGAUCUUCAGUGGCUACCAGAACCAUCUGUCGGUCCGUGAGAACCCCAUCAUCAAGAAUCUCAAGCCAGAGACGCUGAUCGACUCCUUUGAGCUGCUCUACUACUACGAUGAGUACCUGGGCCACUCCAUGUGGUACAUCCCCUUCUUCCUUAUCCUGUUCAUGUACUUCAGCGGCUGCUUUACUCCCACCAAAGCUGAGAGCUCAAUGCCAGGGGCAGCCCUGCUCCUGGUGGUGCCCAGCGGCCUGUACUACUGGUACCUGGUCACCGAGGGCCAGAUCUUCAUCCUCUUCAUCUUCACCUCCUUUGCCAUGCUGGCCCUCGUCCUGCACCAGAAGCGGAAGCGCCUCUUCCUCGACAGCAACGGCCUCUUCCUCUUCUACUCCUUCGCCCUCGCCCUCCUGCUCGUGGCGCUCUGGGUCGCCUGGCUGUGGAAUGACCCCGUCCUCAGGAAGAAGUACCCGGGCGUCAUCUAUGUCCCCGAGCCCUGGGCCUUCUACACCCUCCACGUCAGCAGCCAAUACUGAGUCCUGGGCAGAGGCCUCUGGUGCUCUGUGGGUGGGAGAUGGAUGGUUGAGAGUGAGUGUUGGGAGUGUGUGUGUGUGUGUGUGCACCCACUGGGGAUGGACGGCCAAAGGUGUCUGAGUGUGCAGAGUGUGUGUGUGUGCGCACCCACUGGGGAUGGACGGCCGAAGGUGUCUGAGUGUGCGGAGUGUGUGCAUGUGUGCACCCGCGUGUGUAGCCCACAGCUGAGAGUGUGGGUGAGAGUAUGCCUGGUGCCUGUGGAUAGGGGGUGGGGUGAGGGUGGGGUGUGUUUGUGUGUGUGUGUGUGUGUGUGGUUAAGUUUCCAUUCGGUUUAGCUUUUUUUCGUGAUGGGAUAUAGUCUGAGGCAGUGUGUCCAGACCAAGAGCUGGGCCCAGCCUUCCCAUGCACGCUGGAGUCGGGCCUUCUCACUCUCACUGCCCAGGGCUGUCUCUUCCUCCUGGGUGUCUCCUGGUAGCCGCAGGGGAGAGGCCUGGGUGGGGCAGAGGUCGGGAGGGAACUUAGCCUGUCCCCUACCACCCGGCUCACCCCUCAGACCACCUGACCCUGAGGCCAGGCCGCAGGGGUUCCGUGAACCUGCUGUGUACUCAUUUGCAAUGCACCCCCUUCCCUGGGCCACGUUUGCAGCAGACGGGCCGACGGGUCCCAAGUCAGCUGUGGACUGGUUGCCGUCUCCUCUCAGGGCAGCCUUGGGAGGGGUGAAUGGUUCCUCCUUGUCCCUGCCUUCUUCGACCCUGGGAGGGGUAUGUGCACCCAUAUCCUCACCCCACUGCAGGCUGCGUGGGGUGGGGAGCCAGAGCCAGCCGUCCCCCAACUGCCGGCCUGAUCUUGGGGUCUGGCAGUGGUCAUUCCCAGCCACCUUCCUCUCCCGGGAAUUCAGUCUCUGUCCCGCCUUCAGGAUCGUGGCACCUGCUUCGUUUACCUGCCCAAGGUUUCUGAGCGGCCGCUGAAGGCAGAGUUCUCAGGUAGUUGCGCUCACUAGAGGCAGACAUCGUGGGGCUCUCGUCAGCGUCUCAGCCUGAAUCCACACCUGCCACCAGCGGCCCUGCUCCCAGGAAAGGGGGCCUUGUUCUGGCAAGACGCCCCCCACCCCAGCACCAGGGCCAGGCACACAGCCUCGCUUCCUGGCAUUGCUGGCCUGCAUGCUUGCGAGGGGCUCAGGGGGACUACCUCGCCUUCCCUGCCCUCCUAUCCUCUCCUGUGCUCCCAGGGACUCUGCCUCAAAUCCUCCUUUCAUGUAGGGGUCCCCCAGCCCCGGUCAGUCCCUGUCAGCUGGCAGCAUCAGGGGUGAGCAGUGUGAAUAAAGGCAGUGUGGAGCCAAG